AUAUUUUUCUUUACAUCCAACGUCAUAUUUUCAUGCUUCAGAUUCUUGUUGUUUGGAAAUAUCAACCAAAGGAAUUAAGUUUAUUUUGAUAAUAACAAUAAUAAGAGAAACACACAAAAACAGCUUCUCACAUUAAUUUGCCUAAUCAAACGACAAAACAAAACUCCUCAAUCAUAUCCACACAUGCCAACAUCGAAUGAAACAUACAUUUAUUCAGCGGAUUCCUCGCCGAAACAACAACAACAACAAUCACAACAACAACAACAAGAGACUAAGAUGCGUUCACACAGUUCCAUGGAACAAAAUCGUACAGAAUCAAUGAAAGAUUUAGCCAAUUGUAUUGAACAGAAUGGACUGAAAGGAUAUUUAUCCAAUGAAUCUAUUCAAUGUACCAAUAAUAAUCAUACAAAGUCAACUAGUAGUAUCCAUGUCAACACAACCAUGAGUAGUAUGAAUGAUAUCAGUAUGACAUCGAAUCAAAAUAGUGGCAAUAAUAGUAUCACAGGUUGUGGUGCUGUUACUACUACUACUAUCCUCAAUAGUAGUAGUAGUAGUAGUAACAAUGAUGUUGAUCGUGAUAAGAUUGGAGGUGCUGGUGGUACUGGUGGUACUGGUCAGAAAUUUUCCACACAUCCACAUCAAAAUGGUCAUGUCACAGAGAAAAUGUCUAGAACUAAUUUAUACAUAAAAGGAUUACCGGAAAAUUUUGAUGAUGAACAAUUAUGGCAAUUGCCACCGGAUCAAACAAAAAUUAAAUCAGUCAAAGCAGCCACAGAUGAAGAUACUAAAUGUCGUGG